AUGCUGUGUAGUGAUGAAGAAAUACCAUUUGUGGAACCCGUUACCAAGUACAAAUUAAAGUUUUCACGAGAGUGUGGGCGGGAGCGAUUGAUUGUACAAAGAAUUAAAAUGGAUUCCAAAUAUGUAAAUAGCCCUAAUGCAACCAAUAAGAGAAUUCUUAGCGAAAAUAGUGAAAUAAACAAUUCUCCCCGGACACUUAAGGAAACCAUGAACAGCCCCGUUGGGCAAAAUGAAUAUGUAGGCCUCUCGCCCAGCAAGAGACCGUCAGUGAGAAAAAGUGUGGAGAAAUUAAAUGAUGCAGGUAUUACAGAAAUGCUUUGUGAUUCUGGAAGUAGUGUUGAUUCAGAAGGAGACGAUGAACCUAAUGAAAAUUUUCCUCAAAAAGCUUUAAACACAAGAAUUUCACGAAAGAGUAGUGAAGCAAGGGAGAACUGGGUAAAAGCUUUGCGAAAUUCAGAUUUAAGUUCAGUGAGAAAGUCUGGCAAUCAUAAAAUAUCUAAGACCACUAGGAGAAGUCUUAUAAAUAAAAAUGAUGUGGAUGAGGACAAUAAAAAAGAUAAAGAAACUCCAAAAAAGAACAUUUCAAAAAUAGAUGACAAAGAAGUGUUAAAAGUGUCUGCGGAAGGAGCAAGACGUCCUCGGCGGAAGUGUAAAUCAAAAUUCGAUGCUGCAGAAUGGGAUGUUGGGAAUUCAAAACGAAAGAAUAACAAGAGAGUAAAUGAAAUUGCCAUGGAAUCUGAAAGCCUGCAAUCUAGUGAUGAAGAAAACCUGCGAUCUAGUGAAAUGGAAAAGAAAUCAUCAAAGAGAAGAAUGACAUCUCGAUUCAAAAGUAAGAAUGUUGGUAGUCUCAAUCUAAAGAAUAAUAGAAAAGUAAACCUUGAGUUUGUUGAUCCACAGCCUUCCAGUGAUGACCACUCUUCUGACAGUCAGCCAGUAAACAGAAGAACACAAGCAUCUAGGUAUAAAAAUAAAAUUCCAAAGAAAAACAUGAGAGUGAACAAAAAUGCUGUUGAAAUUAACGGACACAAAUCUUCUAGCGAUGACCAGUCGGAAGACUGCCAGUCAUUACAGCAAAGAAUAUCAGUUUUUCAGCGUAAGAGAAAAUCAAAAGGUAAUGGCAUUGAAUGUGAUGUAAAAGAAACUUUUCAGAAGUCAAGGCAAAGGUUGUUAAGAAAGACUUCAGCUAAAGCUAUUGAAACAUCGACAGAUUCAUCUUCUAGUGAUUAUGAGAUUUUUGCAACCAAGCAAUCAGUGUCUUGCAAUGGAAAUAAACAAAAUAGAGAUACUGCAGAACAAAAGUCAAAAGGAACUCCUAGCAAAAGAGCAAUUGGAAAGUCUUCAGUUGAAGAGAAUGAAGAAACUAAUAAUGGUAGUGACAGCCCUCUUGUAAGUUACGUUGAUGAUGAGAAAGUUGCAAUGAUGGAAAAUACAAUGGAAGGUUCACCUGUAAAGUGUGUAAAUAAGACUCCAGUGGAAGGUAAUCGCAUAAGCCGAAGAAACACUACCAUACCUAUGAGCCCAGAUGUUACAUGCGCUAAGAAACAUCAAAAUGAAUUUACACCAAAACACAAGUUAAUUUCAUCAGGCAUUGAUGUUAACGAGGAAAAAAAAUUGACUCCAACAACUCCUUCAUCCAGGAGAACUGGCUUUAAACGGUUGUUGUGUACUCCAUCAAUGCCUGCUUGUAAACGUGACUUAGGAACUCCCCGUACACCAUUGCAACAAGCUAUGACCAAGCUUCAUGUUGCUGCAGUACCCCAAUCUCUACCAUGCAGAGAAGCAGAGUUUGCAAAUGUUCAUCGCUUUCUUGAAGGAAAAAUUUUAGAUGGUGCGGGAGGGUGUAUAUAUGUUAGUGGAGUUCCUGGCACAGGGAAAACUGCUACUGUUCGUGAAGUGGUUCGUAGUUUGAAACAGGAUGUUCAGAAAGGUGAUCUACCUGAUUUUCAGUUCAUUGAAAUAAAUGGCAUGCGUUUAUCACAUCCUCGUCAAGCGUAUGUUCAGUUGUGGAAAUCUCUAGUUGGUGAAACUGUGACAGCAGAACAAGCCCAGAGAUUGUUAGAGAGCAGAUUUACAAAGAGUUCUAAAAAACAAAUGUCAAUUGUUCUUCUUGUAGAUGAAGUAGAUGUGUUAUGGACAAGGCGGCAAGAUGUCGUGUAUAAUUUGUUAGAUUGGCCUACAAAAGCAAAAUCACACUUGGUUGUCAUAACAAUUGCCAAUACUAUGGAUUUACCGGAACGUUUGUUGAUGGGCCGUGUAACAUCUCGACUGGGACUGACCCGUUUGACAUUUCAACCAUACACUCAUAAGCAGCUGGAAGAAAUAGUGAAAGCCCGUCUUCAAGGAAUCAAUGUGUUUGAUCCUGAUGCAGUUCAAUUUGUUUCUAGGAAAGUUGCUUCAGUGUCAGGGGAUGCACGACGUGCUUUAGAUAUCUGUCGAAGAGCUACGGAAAUUGCUGAGCAAGAUUCUCCUGAUGCUUUGGUUACUAUUAAACACGUUGAUGAAGCCAUGUUAACAAUGACCUCAUCCCAUUCCGUCCAAGCUAUUGUGCAUGCAUGUAGUACCAUGGAGAGACUGUUUUUACAAGCUGUGGAUAGUGAAUUGACACGAACAGGCUUGGAAGAAACGACUUUCUCCAGGGCAUAUACAACGAUGGAAACGCUGUGUUCUUUGGAAGGUCUUCAGUUACCUUCAGCUUCACUCAUUAUGAAAGCAUGUAUGAAUUUAAGCAAUAUGAGGUUAUUAUUGUGUCAGCAUUCUAAUAUGGAUAUAUUCACACGCAUAUUUCUCAAUGUUAGUUCUGAUGAUUUGCAUUAUGCCUUGAAAUGUGUGAGAAAAGAAUUGUAG